AUGAGGGUUUUGUCCUGUAACCAACAGACCUCCUCUCACCACUUCUUGUACUCUCUUUUAUGUACAGAGUUCUCCUUUGCUGCCGCUGCUGCUGAUGGACCUAUAAAGAAAUUGGAUUUAAACCAAGAAAAUAAACAUCUAAGCUGUCCUGGAAAAUAUGAAGAGCAGGAUUUGGAGGACAUACUAUCUGGAGUGCCUUUAAAUAUUUCGGACACUGAACAAGAGGAAGGGGAGAUCUUAACUGAGAGUGAGGAGGCACAAUCACCUGACGCAACAAAGAGUGUGAAGGUGGCAGGAAUACUUCGGAAGAAGAACUCUGAUUCAACGUAUACCGCUUCAGAGGAACAGAAGACAUCAGGAAAUAUUUCAGCACAAAGUCCUGGUAAUAAACGUUUCAAAACAGUUUGUCCAACAUCAUCCAAGGCUUCUUUUUCAACAAUAGAAGAAGUCAUGGAAAUGUUCGCAUCAGUUCGCUUGGAAAUCCGAAAGAAAUAUAUGAAGCUUCACAAAACAUUUCCAAGGAAGAGUUUCUUUGGUGUAGUGGAGAACUUUAGAAAGUCUCUUUUGGAAUUUGUGGACGGAGCACAUUUUGGUCAAAUAUGCUGUCAAGCCACGGAUCUGAAAUCAAAGCUGAAAGACUUAAUCGAUUCGUUGUUUGACAAAGUAACUGACAAUGGUAUUGUGAAACGUAUCUUUGAACAACAAGCUGUUGACCUGAAACAAAAGUUGUGGGUCUUUGUGGAUAACCAAGUGGACUUUUUGCUCAAGGAUGUUCACAUGACCUUGAAGCACUUUGGUAGAUCAGCAAAAACUUUAUCUGAAGAAAACAUUCCUCGCGGUCACGAAAGUGAAAGACUUUUGAAGUAUCCUUACGAGAGGACACAAUCGCAAAAGGAUUUAAAGGGUAGUCUAAACAACUUGGAUCAACUGAAACCAUUCCGCUCUCCGUAUAAAACAGGUCUUGGUAGUCAAGGCAAAAACAUCAGAAUUACCAAUCCGGAAAAGGAAGAAAAAAACCAACAAACACAAAAUGAUGAUGACAAUGAUUCAGGAGUUGACCAUUUUUCUCCUCAGAAGCCGUCUAUCUCAGGGAAACACAAAAUGGAUCCUCUCAUAGCCUCUCACAGCACAGUGCAGUUUGAAAAAAGUGACUUUGAACUUCUUACGGACCAGCAAACUAAAAGUUUAACAUUUAACCUGGUAAGAGAUUCUCAAAUGGGAGAAAUAUUUAAGUGUCUCCUGCAUGGGACUGACUUACUUGAAACCAAUGAAAAAACAGGCGAGACAUCAGCAUGGGCUCUUGGAACUCCAAAAAAGAAUGGGGAACGACUCCUCAGCAUUACAACGCCAAGUAAAUUGUACUCUCCGUCUAAAUUUCUUUCCCCAACCAAAUUUGAUACUCCCUCCAAACUUGUUGGAACAUGGUGCAGCAUGUCACUUCAGGAGAAAGUUCAGGCCAAACCAAAUCCAGCUUUAUUUGAUGAAAGCUGCCUGCUUGAGAUACCGUCAGAGAAUCAAGCAACACUACAAUCAGGCAUUUUGUCACAGGGGAAUCCUUGUAUUCUAGCUGAAGAUCUUGCAGUUUCCCUUACUAUUCCAUCACCUCUUAAGUCUGACAGCCACCUGAGCUUUCUCCAACCAUCUGGUAGCCAUCUUAUAUCCACUCCUGACAGUGUCAUCAGUGCUCACAUUGGUGAGGAUGCUCUGCUAGAUGGUGAAGAUGCUUCAGAACAAGAAAUUCACCUGGCCCUUGACACAGACAACUCCAGCCUUGGGUCGAGCAACAGUGGGCACGUAGAGACAGUUGUCAAUACUUUUGUGUUGAAGCCAGAUUUGCCUAUGCACGCACUCGUGAUGGAGAAGUCCAAUGAUCAUUUCAUUUUGAAGAUCCGUCAGGGAAUGACAUUUUCCACAGAUGAAAGGUCAAAUCAUACAGCAACAGAAGAUAAUUAUCGUGGAAAAUAUGUGGCAGUUCAGGAAAGCCAAGACAAAAAUUUGAACAGCACACUGCCCAGUUUGGACGAUGAGCACCCCAAACCAACAGUCAAUACAGAGAGAGACUGUCCAAGUCCCCUGUGUGAUUCCGAAACGAUUUCUUCUGAUUCCCAAACAAGUUCAAGUCCUUUCAAAGAUUCUGCGCAAGGCAAAAGCGAAAGCUCAGGAAAAAGGAUAAGCCAAGAUGUUGCCAACCCUUCUGACCUGCAGGGAGAGGUGGAGAGUUCAGUGCCACAUCAAACUGUAAAGGACACUACUAGACGCACAGAAAAAGACUCUAAGGACUGUGAGAAAAGUAAAAAACGGAAAAGGCACCAUGAGCAAUCAAAGGAAAAGCGAACAAGAAGAAACGAAGAGAACUGUAUUCAAGACUCCAAAAAUGAUGUUGAACCACAAUCCUUAUCUACAUCCUCAAAUAGUUUAUCUGCCAAGAAUGUCAUCAAGAAAAAAGGAGCUUUGGUGAUGGCAUGGACCAGAGAUGAAGAUCGAGCUAUUCUGGUUCAACUACAAACAAAAGGUGCUUCCCGCAAAACGUUUGCUGCGCUGUCAGAUAUGCUGAACAAACCAUCAGAACAGAUUUCUCAGAGAUUUUGCCAGCUCAUGAAUCUCCUCAAGAAGCAGGGCAGGAUGAAUACCUGA